AAUGCCCUAUGUGUACUGAUGAGGAGGAGGAGAGUAAAUGUCCAUCAGGCUGUCGAAUGCAGGGUCUUCUUGAUGAACUGGAUGAUGAUAUUCAUGAGCGCCUCCACAAAAUCUGUAAAAACACUCAGAAAUACAAUCACGCAACUUCAUCUACGAUGCUUCAAAGUGCACAGUUCUACGAAGCACAAAGGAAGAUUCUCAUCAAAACAUACAUGCAGGAAUUAAGAUAUGCUGAUGGAGCUCAGAGACUUCACAGGAAUCUCACACUUUUAUCAGAAAGGUCCUCAAAGCUCUUCAGCGAACUGCAGAGAUACCACAGUCAGAUUCUGGAACAGAUAACUGAAAUGCAUCGAUUGGAGGUGGACAUUGACAUCAAACUCCGUGCGUGCAAGGGUUCAUGCAAGCAAACCUUUGAUCAUACCAUUGAUCACCAAACUUUCAAAACCAUGGAGGAUCACAUGGCCAGGUUUGACCUGUCCUCAAUAAACCAAGAGCCAUUUACUCUGGACAAAAAAAUCAAACUGCAACCGGUUGUUCGACCUCCAGUGUCUCUGACAUAUCGGAAAAUACCACUGGUACGUUCCAGGCUCCUAACAAAGUUUGAAGACAUUGAGCAAAAUCAGGUGGUUUUGGAUGAACUCCUCGACGAUAUCUCGAAUUCUGGUGGACAAUAAAAAACCUGAAAUCUGUCUGCAUUUAAAAUUAAUAAGACUUGCAGCAACUGGGACAGACAAUUUGACAUUAUUUAUUGGUGUGAUAAAUAUUGUGCUUUUCAGAUUCAGAUUAAUUUAUUAAUGACCACACAACAAGUUGGUGGAAUUUACUUCUGGUUCAACAUAAUAUAAUAUGCUCACACUCCUGUGUCAGAACGAACCAUGAUAUACACAAUUAAGAGACAACUACAAACUCUGACUACAAAAUCUGACUGAUUUUGUUGGAAGGGACCUGUAGAGUCUACCAGAAGGCUUGAGUGUGAACAGAUGAUGUGCAGGGGGGUCAGAUGUGAUUUUUAUUACUCGUUGCGUGAUGCAUUUAUGUGUCAAUGGUUGGGAGGGUGUGGCCUGUGAGUUUUGAUGAUUUUUCUAUUGUACAGUGAAUGAGUGUCCAAAUUUCAGUCCCAGACUUUUAUGGAUGAGUUGAGUAAGCUUUGAAUGAUGGAGUGUAAAACUAAAGGAGAAUGUUGUGCCUGACUGUAAAUUUAUUGGGUUUAUUGUGAACAUUGUCAGAUUUCAAGAACACUACGUUUUUCAUUGUAACAAUUUAAACAAAGUGUAAAUUAAAUAAAAUCAUGAUUACUUAUCAUUUCUGAAAACAUAAA